UGCGUGCGUGCGUGAGUGAGUGAGUGAGUGAGUGAGAGGAGAGCGAGCCAUAAUGACUGUUACUACUCUCCCAGUGUAAAUCAGUUUCUCUGCGCACAGACACAUCAACGCUCGCCAGAGGACGUACGCAGGGAAUUUAAACCCCUGUACUCAAACAAACAAGAGUCUUUAUUUAAUGACCUCAUUUUAAUAAUGUGUCAUCACCGUAGCCUGCAGUAAAAUUAAGUUUGUUUGUUGUCUGUGGACAUUUCUCGCACUUUUUUCGGGAUUUAUGGCGGGUGAGCUGCUGGGAAAGCGCUGCCUGUGCGUGAGCGGCGGACAGUCGCUGGAGUUCGCGGGGAUCUCGCGCUGGAGCUGGAGAGCCGGAGUCAUCCGCGCGACCACCGACCCAUCUGCGCUAACGGUGUGUGUACACUGGGAUGGCGAGCAGUGCGCAGAAAGGAAGUGGAGGAGACUUGGAGAGGAAUGUGAGGUGGUUUUGUUGGAGCAGGACCUCGUCUGGGCCGCCAAAAAAAACAGCAGCAAUGUCAAUGAAAAGAGGAGCCAACAACCUGCCUUGAGAUUCCAACCUCUGAUUGGUCAUUCAUGCGUGGGAGGUGUGUCAGUGGUGGAGUUUAUCUCUGACAGACAGUUGGAGUUCUACACAGAAGAGGAGGAGCUCCAGCCAUUCGAGGAUGAAGUGGACAAUGGAAAUCCAGCUGUGAGAGAUGAUCCAUCUGUGCAGGAACAGAUCCAGGCUUGGCUCAAACAGAACCAUUUCCAGAACAUUCUUCAGAAAGGUGCUUGUUCUCUAAAGGGUCUGAGAGUGCAGGUGUUCAGACAAGACUUUAAAACCCAGUGGCUGUCUGGAGUUAUCACACACCAUGACCAAAACAACAGAACUGUGUCUGUCAUGACCGACCAGGUUGGAGAAAUUGUGAAUGUAGAUCCGUUGCUGGUUCAGAUGACGCUAUUAGAUGAUGACACUCCCUCCUCGCUGAUGGGGGAAAACUCAAAAUGCAAAUCUCAGAUCACCAGGAUCAAUAGGAUAUUUCUUGGGACAGGAAACAGAUCAAGCAACACUACAGCAACUGACCAGGUGUGCAGCUCCAGCCAAGUACAGCAGCAGUCUGAGCUGUGCAUACAGAACUGCAGCAUGAAGGAAGAGAAAGAAGUUAUGCGUGAAGAUAAGAAAAGUGAUGAAGGGAGAGAAGAUUUUUCCAAAUCCAGAAACAGUCAUUGUGAGAGGAAAAGGAGGAAAGAAGAGGAGGAGAAAGAUGAAAAGGAGAGGAACAGAUGCGGGAUGAAGAGGUUGAAAGCAGGCAGCGUGUCCAACCUGUCUGAGAACAGCGAUUCUGAAAAUUCCAGCUGCAGAGUUCAAGAUUCAUCCUCGGAUUCAGGAUCAAAGAGACAGCUGAAACAGCAUUACACUUCAAAGAGGCCAUUGGACUGUGAAACUCACCCCUCCCACAAAGGCGGGGAACCUUCUCCCAGCCAAAUAGGUGAGAAUGAGGGUCAGAAAUCGGGAAAAGCUUCUCAGUCCCAUUCACCUGGUGUUUCCAGCAAUGGUGCAUUCAGAAGCACAGAGGCACCAGAAUAUACUACUGCAACCAGUAGUGGAAAAGCAGAGGUGAAAAGUGAUGGAACAACGGCAGAAAUAGAGGACAGAAGUGAGGGAGCAUCUCGGGAGGACUCGGAGGCUGUGUCUGCACUGCUGGCAUCUCAAGAGACUGAGCAGCUGAUCUCCAUGGAGACUACAUGUGUGCUUCUCCACACAUCACCUCUAGAGUGUAAAGGAGCGGAAGGGGAGCAGGAGAUGUCAACUUGUGAUCCGGAAGCCAGAGGCUCAGAGUUCACCCACACGGAGGCAAGGGGGUCAGAGUGUAGCCAAUCAGAGGUCAGAAGAUCAGAAUUAACCCAUUCAGAGCCCAUCACAGCCAGCAGUGACUCUACAGUCUCGGUGGAAGAGGGACCUAGAGGAGCACCGCCUUACUCUCCCAUCAUACUUAACAAAACUGAUAAUGUGGAUUCUAAACCCACUCGCCCACCAGCUGCUAUACACACAGAAUAUGGACCUACAUUGUCAUCAGAAACAACCCAAAAGCUCAGUGCACACACCAGUCCUUGCUCCUCUCUAAAGAUCAUAUCCAAACCUCAAACUGUAAAGGAGACUUCUAGACAAAAACAAACUGCAACAUUAGAUAUAGGCCAAUUGAAGGGCUCUCCUAGAACUAAAUCCGCCAUGGACAGAACUCCCACAAGCCUUAAAAUGGUACCCAGUCCAAAAGUUACCUGCUCCAUAGCUCCCAUUGUGUCACAGAUCCCUUCUCCAACCCCAACUCGAUCCAGAACACCACCCAAUUCUCCUCCCCGUACACUCAAUCACACUUCCACCCCUGACAAGUCAAGCAAAAGCCCACUUAUUGUAGACAGGAAGGAGCCCUUCACUGUCUACAGAGACCCUGCACUAGUAAGAGCAGAGCUGGAAACCCACCCCACCUACAUCCAGCCCCCUCACACACCCCCAAACACCAAACACCACAUUAAGACCCCAUCUCUCUCCUCCAGCUCUCCAAGUAUUACUCCUUCUUCCUCCCACAGCAAACUGCUAAGUCCCUCCCCUCACCCGGCACACCUCUCCCCUACUCCUAUCCACUCCCAACCUCCUCUGUCCUCCUUAAGCACGCCCCACUCCACCAUACCUCAUCCACACCUUCUCCCCUCCCUCUUGCCUGCACUCCCAUCAUCUGCCACACUCUUAGCCGGCCACCCUCGUAUUGGAGCCAUGGGGUUUGCGCACCAUCAUUUGGCCCUUCCGGGCAACCCAUCUCUCCUGGGUCAGACCUCCAGCACAGCUCCUCUGGCACCGCUUGGCCUGUAUCCCCUCCUGUGGCCUCCAUUCCCCAACGGAGCCCACUGUUACGGUGGACUGGGCUUGCCAGCCUCUAAAUGGGCACACCCUGACAGCGCUGGCAUCUCUGACAGCAGCGUGAGGAGAAACACACCAAGUCCUUGGCUUGCUCAGCCCACCCCUGUGACUAGUGCAGACAGUCAAGGGUUACAGACCCCAAUGCCGGUGCGACCCUCCAGCGCUGACCCUCAGAGAGUCUCCAGGAACGCUCAACCUUGCACACCCUCUUCUAUAACCACAGAAGAGUUAGAGAGAAGAGCCACCAAUGAUAGCCCAAGCUCCACACACACUCGCCUCAAGUUCGAGGAGGAGCGGGUCCGCGCAACAGUGGGAAAAAACGGUGUGUCUUACUGCCCGGUCGCCCUUGAGUCGCCCUCCAGUCGAACCAAACAGCCCCUUAUUGUUUACGAUCUUACAGGUGAGAGACCUAAUCGCUACCAAGAAGAGAACCGGCGUAUUCUUCAGGAGAGCAUUGAUGUAGCACCAUUCACCGCUAAACUGGGAUCAGACAGGGAACAGCGAUACUCUAGAAGCCCCACAUCUGCCAUUCCUUCCAAAGAGAGGGAGAAAGAGUUGGAGAGGGAGAGAGAAAGAGAGCGAGAUGUGCAUGCCUUCAGACACACUCUACCUCCCCGGCCGCAGUCUGCUCAUCCCACGCCAACCCUCACUCAAAACAGCUACUACACCUCUCUGUCCAACAGCGUGGAGAACAAACCACCACAGCGACGAGCACCAGCUAGUAAAGAACUCUAUGAGAGACUCAGUGCCAACAAUACCGUAGCCUCUGUCAUGACUCCAACCAGUUCACCGAGCUCAAUCAGAGUCAGACCUCCUCCUCUUUUAAAACGCCUCCAUGAGAAAGAAGAAGGUCUCCUGGGAAAGAUCACAGAGCAACUUGCUCAAAAGGCCUCCUCCAUGGUAUCCAUGGAAGUGUCGGCUAUGGAAAGAAGAGGGUCAGGCUCAUCUCUCAUUUCUAUCUCCUCUUCCAACUGCAGCGUGCCUUUACUCCACCGAGCCCCCAUUUUCCACCCUCCGGCACCACCGGCCGUAGCUCCUAAAGACUCUGGACACAGCAGAUUGUCUCCACCUACCCUCACGCCGAUUCAGCCAAUGAGUUUGUCUGGUAAAGGUCAGAAGCAACAGAGGCCGCCCACUUUGCUGCCUGAAUUCAGACAUGGUGCGGUAGACGGGAAGAAGCCCAGGGCUGAAAAAAUGACAUCACCACCUUACGAUGCACAAAGGGGUGGAGUUUUGCACAGUCGAGAGAAAGGGCACACAAAUGGCGGUGUGGUCAAACCACAUUCAGCAACGGCAUCAGUCAUCGUAAGAUCAACAAGCCACAUGCACACAGCAAUAAAUUACACAGUCUCCGACAGCACCAUUUCAAAGAUGCAUUGUGGUCACGUGAAACCAUUUGAAAGUCCAUCCAACCCACAUUUUAAGGAUGGAAGUGUUCAGCAAAAGAGGGGGGUCCUGUGGACACCUCUGGAUACGGUUCAUCCUAUCAACAUGACGCCACCAAAAGUGGAUCUCGGCACACCCAUAAACAUGGCUAUCAAACCUAUUCACAACCAAGUUCAAUCAAAUUGCUCAGUGACGCACCCCCCUGCAAACACGGACGCCACACACUCCAGAAUGGAUCUUGUUGUAGAACACUGUAAGAGAAAAGACAGUGUGGUUGUUCAACGCAAGAUCGAGGCCUCUCCGUCUUCCUUUUGCCUGUCUAGAGACUUUCCUCACCUGAAGAAACACAGAGCUGCCGUUGAAUCAAGACUCAACACACAUAUGAUUCAGCCUCAACACACUACACAUUCUUCAAACCCUAUCAAUCACAUCUCACACCCUUUGAACAGUGGGUCUUACACUACACUCGCUACACACCCUGUGUGUUCUGCACAUGUUUUGGAAAAAGAGACUUUAUUUAACCUCAUUUCUCCUAAAUGUCCCAGACUGGCAUCAGGGACUUCGAGUCCUGUACCUCCAAACAAACAAAGCUCAGUCGCUAAUGAAACGCUGCCCGCCUCAACCCUAACCAACCAAUCGGCUCAUUCCAGUCAGAGCAACUACCAUAAACUGAAAAAAGCCUGGCUGACCCGCCAUUCUGAGCAAGACAGAAACAGCACAACCUCUCAAAUUGAAGACGGCACCAAGACAGUUGUAACCAACGCAACAAACACAUCCAUUCCUAUCAAACAAGAGAUGAAUGGACUGGUGGAUAACUGGUCCGCUCAUACCGACAAAGAUUCUUGCAUAGACAGCAAAAAGUCUAAAACAUUGGACAGGAAGUCUAUUGGUAAUGCUACAAGUUCAGACAACCAAAAAUCUGUCAUGGUCAAUGAGAAAGUGACAUCACCCAACAAUUCAUCAUUGGAGGAUGUUAAACCUGUCCUGGACAGGAAUGGCAAGCUGGAGGGCAAGGAGUCCUCCCUUGAGGACAAGUCUAAUGAAAAGCUAAUGAAUUCAGAGAAACGAGGGGAGAAACGGCCAUUAGAGUCUAGCAACAACAGCGAGAGUGUAGGGGACUCUGGAGAUGAGAGUGGAGGAUCGGCACAGAGAUUUAAACGACAGUCCAAACCCUCUUUGAAAAUAAAACAGAAUGACCAUCAGAAGAAGAAAGAAGAAAAUAAAACAGAGGACGAAGAUGAAGGGGAGGAGGAGAGUAAACAUGACGGCACUUUGCAAAGUUCAAAGGACAAGACUCAACAGAGACUGUCUAACAGCAAUGGCAUCCCUCGCUCUGUGCUGAAAGACUGGUGGAAGGUGAGGAAGCUCAAGCAAACUGGAGAAGCUUUCUUGCAGGACGACUCAUGUGGCGAGAUCGGCCCCAACGUACAGAAGUGCAGAGAGUGCCGCGUGAAUCGUUCGCGUAAAGCUCAGGAGCCCGCCAUCUCUCCAGUCUUCUGUCGAUUUUACUACUUUAGGCGUCUGUCAUACAGUAAGAAUGGCGUCAUCCGCGUGGAUGGGUUCUCCGUGUCCGAGCAGACAGACGAAGAGGCGGUUACAGUGUGGACGGGCAGCUCAGAGGACGAGGAGGACAGGAAGAGAGGAGAGAUGGACCUUGAAACAUCAAAAUACGUCCUGAAACUCAUUGGAGACAACUUCUGCCAGCUCGUAAAGACUGAGAACACUGCCGUCACCUGGGUCAAGAAAGACACUCAGGUCAUGUGGAAGCGAGCAGUGAGAGGGGUGAGGGAGAUGUGUGAUGCAUGCGAGGCCACUCUCUUCAACAUGCACUGGGCGUGUCACAAGUGUGGCUUUGUGGUGUGCGUGGACUGUUACAAAGCCCGCGAGAAGAAGAAAGCCAAAGAUAAGGAGUUGUAUGUUUGGGUCCGUUGCGUGAAAAAUCAGCCCCACGACCUGAAGAACCUAAUGCCUACUCAGAUUGUCCCAGAAACUGUGUUGGCAGACAUGCAGAGCUCUAUUCACUCGAUGAGGGAAAUGUAUGGAAUCCCGUCCCACUGGCCGUGCACCGACAACAAAACCCUCAACCCCAGCAUGGCCACUACCAAUGGACUUUCGGCACUUUCAGACAAAGAUCAGAGUGACUUGAAGAGUCAGAAAAACGCACAACACACAGUGCUGAGAGCACACCAGGAGAGAAGAGAGUGUGACGGUGUGGAAGCUCUUAACAGGAAGUUCACCACCCCAGAACAAGGGUCAACACUACGUGACCUUUUGACCUCCACCGCCGGGAAGCUACGCCUUGGGUCCGCUGGAGGUGCCUUUGCACCAGUUUAUGACUCCUCCGAACAGGUGGCCCAGAACACGCGCAUGCCCAACAUCCUUGAUGACAUAAUCGCUUCUGUAGUAGAAAAUAAGAUUCCUGCUACAAAGAUGACCAGGUUGGGACUAAAUCAGGAUUUUCUGCCAGAGGACGAGGCAGGGCAGAGCCUAUUAGGGGCGAAGCUUGAUGAAAGCCCAUCGGCUGAUCCCUACGCCACUGUCUCUCACGAUUGGCUAGGAAAUCACCGGCUGCUUUGGCUGAAAGAUCACCGUCACGAAGGCAACCAUAGACUGUUCAAAGAGAACUGGACACAAGAGCAGCCAGUGCUGGUGUCCGGCUUACACAAGAGUUUGAAUGCUAACCUGUGGAAGCCUGAAAACUUUAGCCGUGAGUUCUCUAGUCUUCAUAGUGACCUCUACAACUGCAGAGAUGGCAGCGUUACAAACUCCAGGGUUAAGGAGUUCUGGGAUGGUUUUGAGGAUGUGUCAAAGAGGCCAAAGUCUGAAAAGGGUGAGCCGGUGGUAUAUAGACUGAAAGACUGGCCAUCCGGGGAGGAGUUUUUGGCCCUUAUGCCUGCCAGAUAUCAUGAUGUGAUGAAGACCUUGCCGGUACCGGAGUACACAGACCCAGAGGCUCACCUGAACCUGGCCUCACACCUGCCCUCCUUCUUUAUUCGACCUGACCUUGGUCCUCGCCUCUGCUGCGCCCACGGUGUCACAGCAUGCCUAGAGCAAGACUUUGGGACCAGUAAUCUACAUGUUGAAAUCUCAGAUAGCAUGAGUAUUCUGGUAUAUGUUGGGGUGGCCAAUGGAAACAGUGCUCCAUCCAAAGCAGGUGUGUUGAAGCUUUUAGAAGGAGAAGUUCUGGAUGAGAGUGUUAAGAAACGACUGAGAGACCCAAAUGAGACUCCAGGCGCUCUGUGGCACAUCUACACAAGUAAAGAUAUGCAGAAGAUCCAGGAGUUCCUUCAAAAGGUUGCUGCCGAACAGACUGAAACGGAUCCAGAAGCGGACUCCGACUCAGAGUGUGAUGGUGAUGCAGACCCCCUGCGUGAGGGCGGCUGGUAUUUGAGCCCCAGGCUAAGACAGAGGCUGCAGGAGGAGCAUGGCGUGGAGAGCCGUACACUCCUCCAGUUCCAUGGAGAUGCUGUUAUCAUCCCUGCUGGAUCACUGCAUCAGGUGAUGAAUCUGCACAGCUGCAUCCAAGUGAAUGUGGACUUUGUGUCCCCUGAACAUGCGCACAACUCGUAUUACCUAACCCAGGAGCUCCGCCCACUCAAAGACCAAGUGAACUACGAGGAUAAACUCCAGGUGAAGAACAUCUUUUACCACUCUGUGAAAGAUGCUGUGACCACACUGAAGAAGCAUUUGAAAGAGAAAAAAUCAGAGGAGGUGAAAGAGGAGUCUUGACAGUGUCCCUCCUCAUCCAAACACAUGGAGCAUAAAGACAAUCCCAAAAUACUGAAGGAAGGGACCGUUGCUCUCAGAUUUGAUAUCAACAAAAAGAACCUCUCGUGGUUCUCUACACGGUUCUGUCACUACCGCUAUGAUGUCACUGUCUUGUCUCUGAUUCUGUUGUUUUUGUUUGAACUUCCCUGUUGUGUCUUCCUGCAUUGACAGGAAGUGAGGUGGGGAUACAGAAAGAUGAAAGUAAUACACUGUGCUCUCGAGGCAGGUGCAAUGAGCUUCAAAGUCCUUCACUUCCAAGUGCAACGGUCACUUGCCGCACAUUCUGAAAACUAUAAAAAAAAAAACAUUGAAGAAAAACAGGAGUUUUUUUCGAAAGGCGAUAAUGAUUCAUGACAUGUUCUUUAUCAGUCAUUCUUGCGUUGCAGUGUGUCCGCCAUGCUGUCACACUGUGAUUUGGAAAGAAAGCAGCGAUUCCAACACAAUAAGAGGAGCAUUCCGUCGGGUCAACAGCUGCCAAACUAACAGAGUUCAUUAUGUUUAAACGCAGCCUUAAAUUAUUUACAGUUUGGCAAGUAUUCACUGUGCAGAAGAAGAAUAUGAAAGAAAUUGCAGUUUAUGUUUGUUUGAAAAAAGAUCUUGUGAAAAUUUCAGCUGAAAUGUACUAUGUAAAUAUCAGAAUAUACAUAUCUAUAUAAAUAUAUAUUAUGAUUUUCUAUAACAUUGUGUGCUUUAUUUGCUGUAUGUGUUGUUUGCUACUGUGUGUACAUUGAAGUUAAAGAGAUGUUUUACAUUAUCCAUUAAAAAUGGAUCAA